UACAGUUGGCAGUCGUGCGAACGGUUAGGCGGAUGCGCGUGUCCCUCCCUCCCGUCGGAACGCCGCGCGCUGGUCGCAUCUGCUGUAAUCUAAACUCUCCCGUUUUCGUUUUCGUGUAGCGCGGCACUCGUUAUCGCGUCGCUUUACAUGGACUUAGUAGCCAGGCCCACUUGACGAAAGCACGCGUUCGAAACGAAUCGAACACAUUACCCACGCGUUUAUCGCUGUUUCGCUACAAGAAAAUUGACCGCGGUAACAACGCUCGCCGCCACGCUAUCUCAUAUGCGCUGCAAAGGCUUGCACGAGCCGCGUUACGAAAAUAAAUAUUAAACCGUUCUACCACGUGCCGCGCGUGUGUAACCCAUCCACACAGUAUCAGCAGACCGCGAGCGCGUCCGCUGUUCGAGUGAAAGUCUUGCAUUUUUUUUCCUUCUCCACCGCGGCUCCGUGUUCGCCCUCGUGACGCGCAAGUGACAUUCACUCGCGUUUCUGUCAGAGUCGCAGCGCGCGUUCGCCGUCGGCCUGAGCUGUGUAUAGGGAUUAUUAUCAGUAUCGUCGCCGUCGUAUACACCGCGCCAUGAUAAGGGUGCGAAAAAAGUACGGCCGAGCCGCCGAGUGUGGCUGAUCGAUGUGCGGCUGUGGUAAUAACGAAGAAAACAACAACAACAACAACAACUACAACAACAACGUUUUAUUUCAAACAACAAAUUAUCAACAUCGACGGCGAUCUUUUAGUGGCUCGAGGCGACGUCGAAAAACCACGGACGGCGGCCGUCGUUCGAGGGACAAAAUAUCCGGCGGUCGACGAUAGCGGCGGUGGUGAUCGGGAUCAUCGUCGCGCCGGCGUCGCCGCGUUGUUGUUGUCGCCGUCGUCGGUGCUGGUGGCCGUGGUGCUGGUGGUGGUGCGUUGGCGCGAUCGGCAGCCCCGCGCGUACGACCACGGCCGGCUGCAAACUGACCGUCUGCGGCUGCUGUUACCUACCGGCGAUCUGUUGUCUGGCCGCCGUGAUCACGUCGCUGUCGCUCAUGCGCUCCAGGGCGGCCGCGUACACCGACGUAAACGCGACGGCCGACCUCGUACAGCACACCGCUGUCGCCGCCGGCCGUGAUGUCGUUGUCGUCCGCGGCCGAGUGGUCGAAGCCGACGCUACCGCGGCCACCGCCGCCCCCACCACCGCGACCGUCGUGAUAGCGACCGCCGACAACGCGACGACCACCACUGCCGCCGCCGCCGACACGUUAUUCCGCCGGCCCCUUUCGCCGACGCUGCCGCCGCCGCACCAUCAGCCGCAGCCUAACCAAACCGACCCCGCCGCCGACAACGACCGAGUCCAUACUCAUCAUCACCAUCAACAUCAUCAUCAUCAUCAUCAUCAUCAUCAUCAACAACCUCAGUCCCUUGGAACGGUGAUGGUACUGAUGGUGGUGACGGUGGUCGUGCUGGGUACUGUCGGGCUGCUCACUUGCGUGCUGCAUCACUACAAUCAACAAUACAACCCGUCCGUGCCCUGUCUGUCGGCAGCGCCCGGGCCGCCGCACCGCAGGCUUACCGCGCCGCCGCCACCGCUGACCAAGAAGAAAAAAUCGACGACGACGACGACUACGACGGCGGCGGCGGCGGCGGCGGCGGCGACGGCGACGGCUGUGACGACGACGACGGCAACGACGACGGCUAUCAUCGCAUCGCCACCACCGCUCUCGACUACGAACGGUGCCCGUCGGAGCGGCGGCAGCUGUUGUAAUAGUAGCAGCACGUCCUCGCGAACCGCCAUGUUGACGAUGCGAAGCAAUAACGGGCUGUCCCGAGAACACGACCGGCAGGUCCGGUUGCACUCGGUCCGGACGGACCUGGAGUUGGACAUGCCGCCGCGAAUCCAUUUGCCAGACGGCGAGGAGUACCCGUACGGCAGCAUGGCCAAGUUGCAUUUGCGGAAUUCCGAACAAGAACGAGAGAUCUACCAAAAGUGCAUCAGGGGACCGCCAAACCGGACGAUAUGGACGUCGACUGCGGAGUGUCGGAAACUGUCGCAGCCUCACAGGUCCAGUUCCGCGUCCGGCCUCACGUCCCUCUCCACGUCCUUGUCCGAAGUGGACUCGGUCACGAGAUGUAAUAGUGUCUCCUCGAGGUAUGUGUGUUUGCCGAGAACAGAGUUCCCGCAGGUGGACAACAUUCAAAGUCUGUCGACUCUGACCAUGGUACCAUGUUUGAGCCACGUAGACAAACAGACGCUAAGCCAAUAGUGAAAUAAUGAAGAGUUGUCUCUCACCGUCUACUAUUAUAAUAAUAUUAUACCUGUGUAAUAAUAUAUAUGAGGUGCUACACAUUGCAGAGACCGCUGAAAAUACGAUAUUGUGUUGUAUAAUAUAUAUUUAUACAAACGCUCGUAUGUGUAUAAUAUUUUAUACGAUACACACACACACACGUCUUAUGUAUACAUAUAAUUUAAUUGUACUAUUAUAUUAUAAUGAUAAUUGGCGUUUUAUAAGGAAGAAAAACAACUCGCGCGCGCGCACACACACCCACACACAAACACACACACACACACACACACACACACACACACACACACAUAUUUAUACACAUUCUAACGGUCUUCUAAUACCUGCGUAUUUAAUAUUAUAUAAAAUCUAAAUCCCCGCGUGUAUUCAUCAUGUGAUAAAAAAAAAUACAUCUCAUGUGUGUAAUUGCAUUUUUUUUAUACAUACAUACAUACAUAUAUAUAUAUAUAUAUAUACAUUAUAUAGUGAUAUAGUUAAUUUGAACAUUGUUUUUUCUUAUUUUUAUUGCAAUCGUGCGUACGCGGGGUGCAUAGUAUUUAUCUGUUAAUUUUAUAAUACCACCUAACAUAAUACGCAUAUAAGAUUUCGUUGAAAACACGCGGCCGAUUCGCCAGUCGCAACGAUGAUAAUAUAGUAUACAUUAUAGUAAAACAAUAACAUUAUGAUAACACGCCGAAUCGUCUCACAAGCGUAACUAUGGUCAUUCAUAAUUUUAAUUAAUGUAUAAUGUAUUCAUAUUGUCCGAAAAAACCGUGUGCGGGCAAAAUCGGUUUUACGGUCGGCGAGAGACGCCGCGUGCUUUCAACGAAUUUUAUAAUAAUUUCAAACAACUACGAGUCGUAUUAUCUACUUAUUAUUAUAUACACGUAUCUUAUAUAGUAUAAUUUGUGAUAUAUAUAUAGAGUAUAUGAUAAGAAUGUUGUAAAAAAACAAAAAAAGAAAACAGAAAUUUAUUGUUAUUGUGGGCGCCCCAACCGCGGCGACAACAGCAGCAACAAUACACGACGGUUACGACGUCCGGUAGCCGCGAAUAUUAUUAAAUACCUAGUAAUUAAUAUGUUGAUAAUAUUACGAUAAGUAUAAAAAAUGUAAUGUCUUACUUUGCUUUUAUCGACGGGGGUGGAUAAUUCGUGUCAUAUGUAGGUAGGUAGGUGUACCGCGAUGUGUUCGAAGGCGAAUAAUAUCUAAUAUAAUAUGUUAAAACGAUUGUGCUGUGCUUAUUUAGACUAUUAUUUUACGAGAGAAACGAAAAGCGUUUUUCGAUGGUUUUUUUUCCUUUUCUACUUAUUGACGAUUACAUUUCGAAAGAUGUUUCUAAUUUUUUUACACGAUUGGGGCAACGAUUGAUUUAUGUUCGGUCCAGGGAGGCUGUCGUAAUAAUUAUGACGGUUAUGAGUUUUUGACGAAUUCUUUUUACUGUGGGGGUUUUUGGGAAUGAGCGGGAGGGGGGUAUGUGGCAGUCGUCGUCGCGGUCAUUUCAAGUUUUUUUUGUCCCAAACACAAUCUCUGAUACAUACAAAAAAAAAACUAUGACUUUAUACGAACCGUAGUACGACGACAAUAUUUUAAUGUUUCGGAUAAAUACAAUUUAAGGAAAAGUUUUUUAGGAACUUUCAAUGUGUCUGUAAAAUUAUAGUGAAAUGAAAAAUAUC